UUUCCCGCGACUGAUUUGACACAGGUGCGUCCAAGUGACAGCAGGUGAGUCGUGACAAUAACCAGAACGGCCCAGCUUAACCUAAGAAGAAGAUAAGCUGAUGCGCUUUAACGCAUCUAUGGAAAAAUCCUCUGGUCUAAGUUUGCAAACACUCAAAUAUUAAAGCAGCUUUACCGACCAUGAAUGGAGAUGUAAUCACAGGGAACGGUGUGGAGGGGGACGAUCAUGCAGAGAGUGCAGCAACAGCCAACACUGCAUCUGGGGAAAGAAGAUCAAGUAUUGGGACACUACAAACUAUGCUGAAGAAAGUUUCCCAAAGUCCUUUCCAUAAUCAAUACAAGACUCUUGUUUCGUCAUCCUCUGACUCCAGUGGAUUAUCUGUGAAUGAGUCUCAAACCACACAGAACAGAGUGCAGGAGUCGCUCUAUUCAAGCCCUCAGAAUGGAGUCGAUGGGGAUUUGACCAGAAGGAACCCUUUUUAUGCGUAUUAUUUGGAAUCGGGCAGCAAACGUUGUGUAAAGCAGGAUGAAAGGAAAGAAACUUCAGAGGAAGCACACCUCCACGUCCCUCCGCCUGAAUUCCAAAGCUCACCUCUGGAGCUUCAACCUGAAAUCAAUACUGCAGAAAAUGGAGACGAGCUUUCUAGAUCUCAGAAGGACCCGUUCCAGACCUAUGCCCACAACCGUAUGCAAAACAUCCUCCAGACAUCCACAGUGGGCCAGAACACCUCUGCCAAUGGUUAUUUUCACAAUGUAACCCUGAACUCACCAGAACUAUUUAAGGCAAAUCCAGCUCAACCACAGAACCUAGGUGACAACCUGCAGUCAAAAAACUCUGACCCCUUUAAGGCUGAAGUGGGGGAUCUUUUACAAAAAAGAGAGGAUUUACUCUGUGCUAAACCUAUUAAGGAGGGGGAUGUCUUUCAUAAAUCCUCCAGUAGUUUUGUGGACAAACAAGAUCUCUCUCCUGAAGAGAAGCUUUUUGGCAUGUCUUCUAUUAAAAAUCUAGAUGUAUUUUCACCUUCAUCAACAAAUCCAGUCGAUCCAUUCCCAAAUCCAAUUAGAAGGGAUUUAUUCCAAGACAUCUCUAGUUUGGAUGACCCGUUUAGUACUACUCCUAAACAAUAUGACCCUUUCCAAGAUGUUUCAAAAGGGACUCCAGACAUCUUGCAACCAUUUCCCUUGAAGACUAACAGCAGGGAUGUUUUUGCAAGAACUCCCAACGCUGCAGCCUCUAAGGCCACACACUCUGCACUUACAGUCCACAGUCCAUCGGAAAUGAAGUUGGACAUGUCAUCGCCUUCAGAUCUUUUCCAGGCAACACCAUCUCUUCCAGCCAUCCAACCAGAGUCCUUCAACAUGCCAGAUGAUGUUGUUUUGACGACCCCUAAGGGAACCAAACAUAAUAUUCUUCAGCCGACUCCCUUUGUUCGGGCCCGGAAUCUGGCGAUGUCGCCUCACCACUCUCCAACUGAAAUGUCUCACGUGCCAACCUUCAAACGUCCACCAAAGCCGCUUCCUCGCUCUAGACCACCAAAGAUGGAAAUGUCACCAACCCUAGAAAAGCCACCAACACCAGCAAAGCUUGUUGUAUCUGAGCCACCAGUACCGAAAACAUCUCCAAAACUAGUCCCCAGACUGCCCCCAAAACCGGUGAUUCAUCGCAAACCCAAAACUCCGGACAAUAAACCAGUGGAACCUGAUAACUAUGUCGUUUUUGAGGACAUCCUGCUUCUUGGGCAGGAACAGUGUGUGGAAGACUGGCCUGAGGACAGUCCUGAGCUGAGCCCUCACUUCAAACCAGUAAGAAUCUAUUGA